AUGAGUGCGACAAAGGAAGAUGUUGAAAAAUUCCUGGAUGGAAACCCGGCUUUCGCCCAGGGCUACUUCAACAAGAAGCUCACACCAGGGGCCCUCUCUGUGAUGGCGGGGAUCUCGGAGUCCAAGGUGGAUUUUGGGAUGUUACAGGAGCUGAGCCAGAUAGAGGAAGGCCAGAUCCUUUUCGACCUGAUCAAAGAAAUGCAGGAGAAUGUGAACAUGGAGAAAGUGGUGUUCAAGAUCCUGAAGAGGAUCGUCGCCCUGAUCCAAGCUGACCGCUGCAGCCUGUUCAUGUACCGGGAGAGGAACGGCAUCGCGGAGCUGGCCACGCGUCUUUUCAACAUCACCACAGAGUCUGAGCUGGACGACUGUGUGGUUCACCCUGACCACGAGAUAGUCUUCCCCCUGGACCUUGGGGUGGUGGGAAAUGUGGCCCAGACCAAGAAACACAUCAAUUUGAAAGAUGCCAAUGAGAGCAGUCACUUCAGCUCGUUUGUUGAUGACCUGACAGAGUACAAAACCAGGAACAUAUUAGCCUCGCCUAUCAUGAACGGAGAGGAUGUGGUGGCUGUGAUCAUGGCCCUGAACAAGACCACUGGACCCCACUUCACCACUGAGGAUGAGGAUCUUUUUCUGAAGUAUCUCAGAAUAGCCUCUUUGAACCUGAAGAUUUAUCAGCUGAACUACCUGUACAACUGUGAGACUCGAAAAGGACAGGUCCUGUUGUGGUCCGCCAACAAGGUGUUUGAGGAGCUGACAGACAUUGAGAGACAGUUCCAUAAAGCCCUGUAUACAGUGCGGGCAUACCUGAACUGUGACAGGUACUCUGUGGGCCUACUGGAUAUGACAAAGGAGAAGGAGUUCUUUGACAUCUGGCCAGUGUUGAUGGGAGAUCAGCCCCCCUACGCUGGACCUCUUACUCCUGAUGGCAGAGAAGUCAUAUUCUACAAAGUCAUUGAUUAUAUUUUGCAUGGAAAAGAGGAUAUCAAAGUUAUCGCGACUCCCACUCUAGAACACUGGGUGUUGUGUACUGGAUUGCCCACAUAUGUGGCCGAAACUGGUCUUAUAUGUAACAUCAUGAAUCCCACAACAGAGGAGAUGUUCAAGUUUCAGUCAGAGCCCUUGGAUGACAGUGGUUGGACCAUAAAGAAUGUGCUGUCCAUGCCAAUUGUCAACAUGAUGGAAGAGAUUGUGGGCGUGGCUACAUUCUACAACAGGAAAGAUGGGAAGCCGUUCGACCAGCAGGAUGAGGAGCUAAUGGAGGCUAUGACUAACUUCCUGGGCUGGUCCCACCUCAACACAGACACUAAUGACAGGAUGAAAAUGAUGGAGAACCGGAAAGACAUAGCCCAGGACAUGGUUCUCUACCACGUCAAGUGCCGUGAUGACGAAAUACAGAAAAUCCUGAAAACCAGGCAGUAUUUCGACAGAGAGCCCUGUGACUGUGAAGAGGAUGAGUUUCUGCAGAUUCUGAAAAAAGAACUACCCGGCCCUAAGAAGUUUGAGAUCUACGAGUUUGGGUUCUCUGACUUUGACUGCACAGAGCUGGAGCUGGUGAUGUGUGGGAUCCAGAUGUACUAUGAGGUCGGAGUGGUCAAGAAGUUCCAGGUUCCACAGGAGGUUCUGGUGCGCUUCCUGUUCUCUAUCAGCAAAGGCUACAGGAAAAUCACCUAUCACAACUGGCGCCACGGUUUCAAUGUUGGGCAGACUAUGUUCACACUGUUGACGACAGGGAACCUGAAAAGAUACUACACAGAUCUGGAGGUGAUGGCCAUGAUCACAUCUGCUUUUCUCCAUGAUAUCGACCACAGGGGGACAAACAACCUCUUCCAGGUGAAAUCUGGUAACCCGCUAGCCAAGCUUCAUGGCUCAUCUGUCCUGGAGAGGCAUCAUCUAGAAUUUAGCAAGUUCCUUCUGGCAGACGAGUCCUUGAAUAUCUACCAGAACCUCAACAGAAGACAGAACGAGCAUGCCAUCCACCUCCUGGACAUUGCCAUCAUUGCAACAGACUUGCAACUCUAUUUCAAGAAGCGAACAAUGUUCCAGAAGAUUGUUGACCUAUCAAAGACCUACGAAGAUGAGAAGAAGUGGGUGGACUGGAUGUCACUGGAGACGACCAGGAAAGAGAUUGUUUUGGCCAUGAUGAUGACAGCAUGUGACCUGUCAGCCAUCACUAAACCAUGGGAGGUGCAAAGCAAGGUGGCACUGUUUGAAGCAGCUGAGUUCUGGGAGCAGGGUGACUUGGAAAGGGAAGUUCUUGAAAAACAACCCAUUACCAUGAUGGACAGAAACUGCGCUGGCCAACUGCCCAAGCUGCAGUGUGGUUUCAUUGACUUUGUCUGCACAUUCAUCUACAAGGAAUUGUCCCGCUUCCAUCCGGCCAUCCAGCCGAUGUAUGAUGGCCUCCUGAACAACAGGAAGGAGUGGAAGGCCAAGCAGGAAGAGUACGAGGCCAAGCAGGCCAUCCUGGAAGCCCAGUCAGGGUCCAAGACGUGCUCAGUGUGCUAGAGCCCGUUUUGGAGGUAGAUCACUCCAGGAUACAUCACAGCCACACAGUCUUGCUGCUGGCCCAGGGCAGUGCCAGCCUCACCUCAGAGCAGCUGUGGAAAGACAGCCUGCAUUCACAGCAGCAGAGCCUUGGAGAAGAGCCAGAGGGACUAUUUAGCCCGUCACGCAGAAAAGCCGUUGGACCUGCUGGUUACAGACCCAUGUUGGCACAUUAUGGACACAACAGUCAAGUUUCUUCCUUCAGUUGAAGGGUAGUUGUCAUUAGUUGCAUUGGCAAAUGCACAUUUUAGAAGUUACCCCUGUCAUUAUGUUUCACGACCUUCGGAGGAAUCCUGCACGUUCUGAUAGCAAGUAGACGUGUGGAGAGUAUGCGUCUUAUUGUUGUUUUUUUUUGUACCACUUUGAGCUUUUUAAACGUAUGUACACUAAGUUCCUGAAGGUCUUUAUCAACCAAUUUAAGGAACAAGAAAUCACUAAAUUCUGAAAUAUUUGUUUCUAAACAUAUGUGGAAUGUCCUAUGAAUAUAACAUUGAUAUGCAUUGCUUCUCAUUCGAUCAUUUUUUAUACAGAAUACUGUUAAAUAAUAAAUACUUUCUUACAGUAUUCUGUAUUUAAAAAAAAUGUAUUUUACCUUUAUUUAACUAGGCAAGUCAGUUAAGAACAAACUCUUAUUUUCAAUGACGGCCGAGGAACAGUGGGUUAACUGCCUUAUUCAGGGGCAGUUAUUAUACAAAAUCUUGGUGGAUUCAUCAAGAAUCCAAUAUUACAUCAACAGUGUAAUUACCGUGACUUACGUUGUUCUUCAUACCUUCCAGUCAGUCAUCAAUUACAUGAGAGAAUGUGUUUACCCUAAUGGUAAUCAAAGGUAGAUUUUGCAGUAGUAAGGUUAGCGUCCACAUACGCCAUGGCGGUAGCUACACGAGCGGUUAGAUCGUUGGGCCAGUAACCGAAAGGUCGCUAGUUCGAACUCCUGAGCCGACAAGGUGAAACAUCUGACUGUGCCCUUGAGCAAGGCACUUAACCCUAAUUGCUCCAGGUUCACCAUUGAUAAUGGCAAACUCUGGCCAUGACCCCAUUCUCUGAGGGGGUUGGGAUAUGCAAAAAACACAUUUCCAAUUCACAUGAGUAUUAAUACACACUUGUACAUGUGUGAAAUAGGACAAAAAAAGCACCCACAGUAUUUAUGUAUGUUUUAUGAUUUCACUCCAUUACAGGGUAAUGUUACCCCUUGUUGUGGGUUGCUAUGUGAUAGUUUUGCUGUCAACUCAAAUCAAAUCAAAUUUUAUUUGUCACAUACACAUGGUUAGCAGAUGUUAAUGCGAGUGUAGCGAAAUGCUUGUGCUUCUAGUUCCGACAAUGCAGUAAUAACCAACAAGUAAUCUAACAAUUCCACAACUACUACCUUAUACACACAAGUGUAAAGAGAUAAAUAAUAUGUACAUAAAGAAAUAUGAAUGAGUUAUGGUACAGAACGGCAUAGGCAAGAUGCAGUAGAUGGUAUAGUGUACAGUCUAUACAUAUACAUAUGAGAUGAGUAAUGUAGGGUAUGUAAACAAAGUGGCAUAGUUUAAAGUGGCUAGUGAUACAUGUAUUACAUAAAGAUGGCAACUAAUUGUUACUGUAUUGUCCCGUGCUGUUUAAGUACAGCAAGGUAAAUA